AUGGAUACGUCGGAUUACAAUUUUAAAAUAGAACAACUUUUAUCGGAUGAAAGUACGUACGUAAAGGCCAAAACAGACCCUACAACUAAUACGCUUAAAACAACUAGCGAUUUAAUAAAGAAAUACUCCGAGGAAUUGAAUCUAGACGUCAAUUCGAAAAUACCUGCGUGUGCGAAACCACCGAAGUUGUAUGGGUUACCAAAAAUACACAAACCGAACGCUCCAUUACGUCCAAUAGUGAGUCAGAUCGAUUCGCCAACUUACAAAUUAGCUCAACACCUAGCAAAAGUACUAUCACCACUCAGAGGACACACAAGAGCACACACGAAGGAUUCAUACCAUUUUGUCAGUGAGAUAAAAGACCUAUGUCUUACUGACAAUGAAACUAUGGUCAGUUUUGAUGUUCAGUCUCUAUUUACAUGCCUACCUGUUGAAGACUGCAUCUCAAUUGUAACUAGUAAACUAGAGGAAAACAACAUGCCAGCAGAAUAUGCAGUAUUACUCAGACAUUGCCUUACAUCUGGCUAUCUAUUGUGGAAGGAACAGUUUUACAAGCAAGUACAUGGUUUUGCGAUGGGCUCACCGGUAUCUCCCAUUGUCGCCGAUAUUUUCAUGGAGGACUUUGAGGAGAAAGCCCUGCUUACUGCACCAGUAACUCCAAGUUUCUACAAGCGGUACGUAGACGAUACUUUCACAAUUUUACCAUCAGACAAAGUAACUGCAUUUUUAGAACAUCUUAAUUCCAUAAACUCUAAAAUUCAAUUUACUAUGGAGUUAGAGGCAAAUAAUUCUUUAGCUUUCCUAGAUGUGUUAGUCAUUAGAAAUCCUGAUAAUAUCAUAGGUCACACUGUGUAUAGAAAAAAGACCCAUACAAACCGAUAUUUAAACGGUGAAUCUUACCAUCACCCUUCACAGUUAGCUACCGUGGGCAAAUCUUUGUUACAGAGAACACGAGGGAUCUGUGACAGCAAACACCUAGCCGCCGAGCUUCAGCACGUCAAGCAGGUUCUGCACGACAACAAGCUUCGGGUUCCGCGCCUACGUCACAGUGACUGA